AUGGAAAACGUCCUUCCGCGCACAGACGCUGGUGACUUCUGGAACGAAAAGUGGCUGAAGAUAGCCGAUCGGCUCUCCGAGCUGCUUGGCAGGUGCUUUAGCAUUCGCAGUGUCAGGGAAAGGCUUAACUUAAUCCUCCUGCGUUUUUCGGGUGAUCAGAAGAAGAAACUUGAGAGUUCCGGCAGAGAAGAGGAGCAGUCCGAGCUGGAGGACCUUCUGCAGCAAGCGACUGACAAUGCGGACGAGUGCGGCUACAUGCCACAGCCAUCAACCAUACGAAAGCUCGCUGAAUGCGACGGCAUUAAAAGAGCCAAAGGAAACUCGGUCGCCCGUUCGCCAGCAAAACGUCGCAUCGACGACAGGAAAGAAGAUGCCCUGGCAGCCUACGCGGAGUUUACAGUGGGGGACGGUGUUGAGCCCGGAAAUGCAACUGUGCGUGGGAGCCCCCUGAUGCCCACACUGGUGAAACCAGACGGGUGGCCAACACUCGUGUGUCUCUGCGAGGUCCACAGUGGCACGCUGAGGCAACAUAUGCCCUCAUUGAGGCCCGUUGUUAUCAGAACAUUGCAAUCGAGAACCGCCACCUUCAACUUGGAGAGGACCGGCUGCGAUUCGAGAUAAAGCGCCAUGAACAGGAAAUGAAGCUGAAAGAAAUGAAGCUUGA